AUCACUCGUUCGGGUAUCACUCGUACAACUUGUCAUGUGGUGUGGUCGCGGUGAUCAUCGCGUCUCGCCUCGCCUCGCCUCGCGUUGCUGGCACUUGCCGGUUCACUGUACUCUACUCCACCAACCGCAAACAUCGCAGCGCCCGAGAACUUGUCUCCCCCCCAGUUCGACCUCUACGACGACCACUCUCCGCGACUACAUCCGUUAGCUCCCUACGCAUCCUCGAGUUCUCGUCGCACCCUCCCCACUAGUCACCACUACCACCCAGUUACCACUAUGUCCAGCACCGACGAAGUCCGAAUCCCUCCAGCGCUGCUUCAGCGUCUAAUCACAGAAUUCAUGGAAGACAAAAAGACGCGCAUCUCACAACCGGCAGUCGACGCGCUUGGCGAAUACUUCCGCACAUUCAUCCGCGAAGCGAUCUGGCGGGCGGCGCAGAGCCGCAAGGGCGACGAAGACGACGAGGUUGGCGGGAGGGUUGUCGGUGGGGGAACGCUGUUUCUUGAGGUAAGGGCUAUGUGUGGCGGAAGAAAGGGAAGGGACGAAUGCUAAACCGGGGUGGGGCGACAGGUCGAGGAUAUAGAGAAGGCUGCGCCGCAGCUCAUGUUGGAUUUCUAAAGGGUUGGGGAUCGGUCAUCAGGCGCAAUGGGAGUUCUCGUUCACGGUUUACGAAUACACAUACCUAGGUAC